AAAUCUAGUAUUAAUAUUGAUCGCAGAGGACGUGGUAAUCUCACUUUGCGUGCGUGACCGAGCUCUGUAACAGUUCUUUUAAUUUUAUCAAGCGAACCCAUCAAUCAAGCCAUGAUUUUGAAAAUAAUUUCCGAUCAUCUUUAUCGUUUACUGCCGAAUUCCCUGACACUGGCCACUUCAAUUUUCUGUGUUAUUCUUUGCGUCUUCGGGACGGCAUUGUAUCGACGUUACAAGUAUUUCGUACGUUGUAACAAGAUUCCCGGUCCGCCUGCGCAAAUUCCGCUUUUCGGAAGCUUCACCGAAUUCUUUCUCGAGCCAGAAGGUUAUCUCCCGCACGGAUUGCAUUUAUUUCAAACGUGGAACAAGAGAUCGGUAGUGCGAGUCUGGAUUGGACCUUUGGCUUUAUUCGCAGUUGGUUCGGCCGAAGGUGUAGAGGUUGUGCUUGGCAGUAAUAAAAUUAUCGACAAGAGCCGAGAAUAUAAUUUUUUGCAGCCCUGGUUGGCCACCGGACUGUUGACUAGCACGGGUAGCAAGUGGCACAAGCGCCGCAAGUUGCUGACACCGACUUUCCAUUUCAAGAUUCUGGAGGAUUUUAUCCACGUGUUCAAUGAACAAAGUGCCGUACUCGUCGAAAAGCUGGGCGAGAAAGUCGGCCAGGAUUUUGACAUUUUCCCAUUCAUCACGCGAUGCACGCUCGACGUCAUUUGCGAAACGGCCAUGGGGCGACACGUCGAUGCCCAGAAUAACACCGACUCUGAAUACGUCGAAGCUGUUUACAAAAUGACCAGGAUCGUCCAGACGAGACAAACUCGGCCGUGGCUUCAACCGGAUUGGCUCUUUCGUCUUUUUCCUAUGGCAUCCGAGCAAUCAAGAUGCCUGUCGAUCCUUCAUGGAUUCACUGAUCAGGUGAUUCGUGAACGGAAAAUAGAAUUCAAUCAACGCAAUAAGGAACAGCAAACAGGAUCGUUGAAGCAGGAAGACGAGGAAUUCUUAUUGAAGAAACCGCGUUUGGCUUUCCUGGAUCUCUUGAUUGAAGCCUCGCAAGAUGGCAAAGUGCUCAGUGAUCUUGACAUUCGUGAGGAAGUUGACACCUUCAUGUUUGAAGGUCACGAUACGACUGCAGCUGCAAUCACUUGGUCCCUUUUUCUAAUUGGCAACCACUCUGAAGUGCAGGAAAAAGUGAGUGAGGAACUAACACGAGUAUUUGGCGACUCUGAUCGCCCAGUCACCAUGGCCGACUUGAGUGAAUUAAAAUAUCUCGAGUGCUGCAUCAAGGAAGCCCUGCGUCUUUACCCAAGUGUCCCUCUCAUGGCCAGGGAACUGAUGGAAGAUACAACCAUUUGCGGUUACGACAUUCCCGUAGGAUCCACAUUGAUGAUCGUUCCUUUCAUAGUCCACCGCGAUCCUACCUACUUCCCCGAUCCGGAGAGUUUCAAACCGGAGCGCUUCUUUCCGGAAAACAUUCAGGGUCGACAUCCGUAUGCCUACGUCCCAUUCAGCGCUGGACCUCGUAAUUGUAUCGGUCAGAAAUUUGCUCAGAUGGAGGAGAAGGUCAUCCUCGCUUCCGUAUUGCGUCGCUUCCACGUCAAAUCGUUGGACAAACCAGGAGAUAUUUCUUUUUUGGUCGAAUUAAUCUUGCGACCCCGAGAUGGAAUUCGUCUUCACUUAACCCCAAAAAUGCAGCAUUGCUAAAUGCUUUCUACUUAUAGAGACAUAUAGAAUGUAACGAUUCAGCGUCAAAGCUCGUGGAAAUAGAUAGACUUAGUACUC